AUGUGUAAGCUAGUUAUGCACUUCUUAUACCAAGCAGGCACUCGUAUGCAAUCUCAUCAGAAGUCGUGGAAAGCGAAGAACACUUCCGUUGCUGGUCCUCGUCACGACGCGGCGCAGGAGGGUCUUGGCGCACAACGCAGCUGUGAAUACGGAAGAAGGCAAACGGCCAGGAAUAUUGUAGAUAUUGCUACAAGAGUCACAUACCGUAUUGAGAGCUUCAAAGAUGGCUUCGUACAAGGUAUCCUAGGCAUGGACUGGAAUACAGCCAACCAGUACCUACCCCCUGGCCAUGUCGAAGAUGAGUGUCUACCUCCUCCGCCACCUUCUCCCGGCACGUACUCCGUUCAGGGAUUCACAGACGAGUUGUUGCGCACGUACUCCAUGAUGCAGAACUACAGCACGGCUCUCCAUCACCUCACGCUCGACCGAGUGCUCAACAUAAUCCAGACCACAGACUACAAUGAGGAUGUGAGUGAUGUCUCUGACUACUUAGACCUGCUCAUGAACCAUCUGAGACAAGGCAUCAUCUGCCGCAACAGAAGUCCCGACAAUCAAGAGACAGAGAGAAUCAUGAAGAGAAUCUACAUCGAUAUCGGGCCGGACAGGCACUCGAGGGACUUCGCCAUCCUCAGGGACACCCUCGAUGCGCUCAGACACACUAUCGAAGUGUUCGAGACUUUCUCGUAAAAAAUUAUUUGUAAAUCGUUUUUUCUAA